AUGAAGCAAUUCAUUAAAAAGGUCAAGAAAAAGGUUCAAUCAGCUAGUUCUUCUGGUACUCGGGAAUCAUCUCCGAAUCCUGCGGAGUCGAGUGUAGGGGCGUCUGGCCAUCCAACAAACACCCCGCAAGAUAAGAUCCAAGAGCUCACAAAUUCGUCGGAGACAUACGAACAGAUAUCAGAGUGGCUGGAACAAGGCCUAUCUCCCCUGCGUGAUGUAUCAAAGGCUACAUCCAUCAUCUCGCCGCUUAAAGGCACGUGUCUAGUUGCAAUAAGAGGUGUUCAGCUGGCCAGAAAUGUCCGAAACUACGACAAGGCGUGGGGAGAUUUCUUACGGACAGCGCAAGGUCAUGCAGACUUGAUCAGUCUACGGCUAGAUAGACUGGAAGCCAAAUCGGCGAAAGCUGCAAAGGACGAGAGACUGGUCAAAGCAGCGCAAGACUAUGCGGAAGCCAUCCGAGAAAUCCUCGUAACCGCCCAAAAGGCCAUGAGCGCAGCGAGAGAAGGAACCGGAGGGACUGCCGGGCACUUCGCGCAGACCAACAUGGAUCUGGCAAUAAUCAGUGAACUACGAGUUAAGGAGGGUCGCUCUUUCAAUAUAUACCAGAGGACGUUGUCCGAUAUCACUUUUUCAACGGCACUAGAAAUUGAAGCGACCAUAAAUGAAAUCCAAGAGGAAGUAGGUCAGCUCGACCAGAUCAACUUUGCUCUAGGAGAGGGAGCAGAGGCCGAUGCCCUGAGGUCUUCGAUGCAACAUGCAUAUGGUACAAAUCUCGACAGCUGCGAACCGGGCACAAGGGUGGAUGUUCUCACCAAAAUCCGCCAAUGGGCCCGCGACCAUAACGACCGUCAACAGAUCUUCUGGCUCAGAGAUGCUGGUGGAACGGGCAAGUCGACGAUAGCCGUGACGAUGGCGAAUGAAUGGGCGCGAGAGAAGCGACUUGCCGGGCGUUUCUUUUUCAGCCCAAAUGUCGACAUCAACCAGAGGAUCAAAUUCUUCUGUCGUAUCGUUGCUGCUGACAUAGCGUGUCAGUUUCCUUUGCUAAGGAGACAGAUUGAACUGCCUCUGUCAGAGUUGCCGUGGAUGGAGAGCCGGAUGGACUUUGUCCUGCAAUUCCGCAGAGUCAUCUUGGGGCCAUUACAGGAACAAAUCGCUGGCAGGGCAGUGUGUCUGGUCGUUGAUGCCCUCGAUAACUGCGAGGUGCAAGAUCGGGUAUUCUUCCUCAAGACGAUUCUCAUCGAGCUCCCAAAGUUUCCGCUACUCAAAGUUCUCAUCACCAGUCGUGAGCUGCAGGAUAUUGCGGAUCGUCUCGCAAACUCCCCUCUCGUAUGUGGUCAAGGCGUUCAACUAUUGAAUGUCAACAGUCCGCCACAAAACGACAUCUCCGUCUAUAUCCACUCCAAACUUCAAAGCUACCCGUUGAAAGACCGACAACGCAUUAUUGCCCACUCCCAAGGGCUGUUUAUCUGGGCAGCAACGUUCUGCCGGGCAUUGUUGCAGACUCGAUUAGGAGCCAGACUCUUGAACAAUCUCGCCCACCAAGCGGUGACUGGCUCAAUCGACCAGCUUUACCUCGACAUCCUCAAGCAAGCCUCGGUUGACAAGAAUGCAGAGGAGAAUCUGACGCUAGUCCUCCAAGUCAUCAUCUCAGCAUUUCAACCAGUCUCUAGCAAUACUAUUAGGGAUCUCCUUCCUGCAGUCGAGCAAGUAGACGACCUGGUUCGCGAUCUCGCCGGCGUGAUCAAAGACGGUCAUCCAGAUCGACCUCUUAAAGUUCUUCACCCCACCUUUCGCGAGUUUAUUGCUUCCAACGAGGAUAGAGCGAAUGGCUUCCUUGUCCAAAUCAAUCCUUCACACUCGCUACUUGGACUCGCAUGUCUAGAGGUGAUGGAGUACCUGCUCAAGUUUGACAUGCUCGGGAUCAGUCACCUGGGGGGAAGCAUUCCCUUCAACAAGGAAGUAAAGGACAUACCUAAAGCUAUCGAAAGGCACGUUCCAAUGGUUUUACGGUAUGCGGCGUCCUACUGGGCACACCAUAUCGCCGCUGCGGAGAGUGCAUGGGAGGAAUGGGCAAGAGUUGCCUCCUUUCUACGCAAUCAUUUGUGCCACUGGCUAGAGCUCAUGAGCUGGAGAGGUGCCCUCGAUCAGUCUCUUCAAGGGCUGUCGCAAUUAGCUCUCCGAGCCAGAAAACAGACCCUAGGAAACGACGACAUUGCGGUGGUGCAGCACGCAUUCCAGUUUCUUAUCAAAAACAGGUUAACCAUUGAAACCUCUGCAUUACAUGCGUAUACGGUUCCGGUUGCGUUGGCGCCCAAAGGCUCCUCUUUGUUCCGGGACUUUGAUCCACCAAAGUCUCUUCCGACACUGAGAGCAGCCCGAGCAGGCGACCAGAUAUGGGAAACUCAACUGUCGCUAAUAGGUCACGAUGAUCAUGUCAUGGAAGUCAAAGUCUCACCUAACGGAAACCACGCCAUCACCCUUGGGCAAGAUGGAAGUAUACGCUUAUGGGAUACAAACACGGCGGAAAGCACCCUGCUAUCAUACAAUGCGGAGAGAGACACCGUAUUAUUUGGCUCUACUGCCGAGUUCUCUGCUGAUGGGACCACAGCCGCCGUCGGGUACAAGAACCACGACCUGCGAUUGUGGGAUACGCGCAGCUGCCGUCCAAUUUGGACAUCAACCGUACCACUUGAGAUGCGUGGUGGUCCAGCGCCAAGUUGUGUUCGCUUUUCGCCUACGCAGCCGCAUAUCGCAUAUGCCGUAGACUACACUACCCCACAUCAGCGCUCAGAGAGUAUCUUGCGGCUCUAUGAUGUCAAAACGGGUGAUCGGCAUGAUAAGACCCUGAUCCUUCGGCCUGCCAGCACGACGUUUGCAAUCUCACCUGAUGGCACAAGGAGUAUUCAUGCCGGGCGAGUUGACGAUGCAUCUCGUGACUGUAUUAUUACCCUUGUGGACUUGGUGAGUCUGCAACAACUCGUACAGCUGAAGGCUGGUGCCGCGGAGGGAACUACCAUCAGCUACUCCCCAGAUGGCACUCGAGCCGUCACAAGCUGUGACUACGAUCAAAGAGAAAUCCCAUUGACAUUACUGGAUUGCAGAACGGGGGAGAUGAUAGAAAUGGAGGUUGUUGACGAGAACCAAUCUUAUCGAGCGACUUUCGAGCCCCGCGGCCGUCGAUUUGUGUCCGUUCUCAAUAAUGAGAAGGGCCUCAUUGUCUGGGACGGAGCAAAUGGGAGGGCCAUCCGGACAAUCCCUUGCCACGAUGGAUUCUUCAAGAGGAUCUGGUUUUCGUCUGACGGGAUGCGUAUUGCGGCGCUGUCGAGUGUCCAGACAGUCAAGGUCUACGGCAUUGACACUGGCAAGGAGCAUCCAACCAUUCUCAAGGGAUAUACCGGAAAGUCAGUAUCUGCCGCUCUCUCCCACGAUUGGAGCAAACUCCUUGUCGUGCGGAGCUAUCAAGAAGUGUGCGUGUUUGAUACGAACAUCAACGGCUUUGGUUUUCACUCACCGGACAAGCCAACCCUCGGAACAGUUUCAGCAUGGUUAUUCUCUAACCAGUCCACAGCAUUGAUCACGUUCCGUGGAAUUAUAUUUGUCUGGACCCUAGAGAAUGGCACUUUCCGCUUGAGGACGAAGCUUGAAGACGGAAAAGGACACGGCCAUAUCGCAGUCACACCCGACGAAACGAAAAUCAUUAGCACAUACGGCAACCCAGAUAUCUUAUUCUACUCUUCCAGACACUUUGAAAGAGUUCAGAAUAUAUUAGAAGACGAGGACAAGAGAACUCGGGGCGGAUCAAUCAGCUUCUCCCCAGAAAGGGACCGCAUGGCCAUUAGUACCACCUCAUGUACUCAAGUAUGGGAGUAUAAAACAGGAGUUUCCAUUUGGAAAUCGCCUGAGGGGGGACUGGGUGAUUCAGUCACAUUUUCUAUGGAUGGAAUCAAGCUCGCCGGAAGCACUUCUAAGGCCACAUACGUCUACAGUCUUACAGAUGGUACAGCUAUCUGUCGGGUGGAUCAAGCAAUGCCGUAUGGCAUUAUGACUUUCAGUCCUUCAGCCGAUCGCCUGGUCACGCUGAUGGCGCAGCUAGAGGUUUGGGACAUAACAGGCAAUAUGGGAUUACAUCUCGCUGACUAUCCUGCGCGACAAAACUUUGAAUCCACUCACCAUCUUGGGAUGGUCGCAGGCGAGGGAGAGGAAUAUGUUAUCUACGGGUCGCAGGUAUGGAAGCUGGAUAGGAGAAAACUAAUAGCAUAUAAUGAGCCGGUCAUUCCUCCAGCUCUCCGCCACUACCGUCACUCCCUCCUCACCUACAAAGAUGGCUGGAUCUACUCGGCGCUUCCUUAUAGGGCCAUUCUCCCUAUUCCAGCCGAUGUAGUCGGGCGGGGUCUCGGAAUAUGGAGCGUCGGGAACGCUGUGCUGAUAGGAACAGAAACCGGGGAGCCUAUCCUACUUGACUGUUCGACAUUUGUUUCUGCUGAAUAG